CGGCUGUUUGUUCCAAAUUUGGAAUGUUGACGCGUUUCCUAAAUUACGCGACUUUUUCUCUCUCCCUCUUUUUUCUUCGUUUAUUAUAUUUAGCAUUGUUAUCAAAAUGUCAUCAGGCAAAGUAUACUCAGCCGUAUACUCUGGUGUACAGGUAUACGAAAUGAUGAUUCAUGGUAUUGCAACCAUGGUCCGAGGAGAAGAUUCCUAUUUGAAUGCAACACAGAUUCUUAAAGUAGCCGGAUUUGAAAAAACAAGACGUUCAAAAAUCUUGGAAAGAGAAGUACUUAUUGGAGAACAUGAAAAAGUACAAGGAGGUUAUGGUAAAUACCAAGGCACAUGGAUUCCAUUUGAAAAGGGAAAGGAAUUAGCUGAAAGAUACGAAGUCUUGGACAGUCUCAUGCCCUUAUUGAAUUUCGACCCUUCUACACUAAAGAAUGAAGAAAAGCAUGAUGAUGUGUCUUCACCUUCCAAGACACCUCUCUUGUUACCUGCACCACCCUCACCCAAAGCACAAAAACGACCUAAACACACUCAAUCACAAGCACGCAAGAAGCUCAAGCUGGUUGGUGUCUCACCUGAACCAAUUGGACCUGAAGAUGCAUUUUAUGAACACCAUCGCAACUUAUUGAUGAGCAUCUUCUUGUCUGAUAAUCCAGACGAUGUGCCUUCUCUCUUGUCUUCUGUUUUGUUGACCAAAGACUUGAAUAUUGACUUGGUGAUUGAUGAACAAGGUCAUACGGCCCUUCAUUGGGCUGCUGCUUUGGGUCGUGUACGUGUGGUUGAACUAUUGAUUCAGAAUGGGGCGAAUGUAUGUCGACUGAACUAUGAGGGAGAGACGCCUUUGAUGCGGGCUGCCAUGAUCACGUGUUGUUAUGAAAAGAAAUGUUUUAUGGAAAUGGUGGAAAUGUUGGCCGAUUCAGUUCACGUGACAGAUGAUCGAGGUCGAACUGUGUUGCAUCAUAUUGCUCUGACAGCCAGUGUAGAAGGGUAUACAGAUGCUGCUAUUUACUACAUGAAGCGGUUUGUGAAAGCAGUUCCAAAGAAAAGUAUUUUGAAGAACAUUUUGAAUAUCAAAGACACUCAGUAUUAUGAAUCUGCUUUGGCCAUUGCACUUCGACUUGAAUGUCAAGAUAUUGUGGAUGUGCUGAUCAAACAAGGUGCUACUGAUCCUUUGAUUACCAAGAUGGAAGAAGAACAAAACAUGGAGUUUGAUCCUGUUGAUUACAAGACAAAAUCGAAAGGACCUGACAUGAUCAAAACUAUGCAACAUAUGAUUGAAAAACUAGAAGAUGAUUACCAAGAACAAUUACGAAAGAAAGACAUGGUUGCAUUUGAACUUCGAAGAGAAUUAGGUAUGGUCAAAUAUGAAUUAAGAGAAGCACAACGUCGACUUGAUUUCCCAGUCUCUAUGCAGUUAGCAGAAGCACGUAAACGCAUUGCUCAAUUAGAGGCUCAAGUAUCCCAAGAAGAACCCAUGAUCAUUGAUGAAUCAAAUGAAGAAGAAGACAAAUCAACCAAAGAACGUAAAUUAGAAAAGAAGAUCAAAUCACUACAGUCACAGGCAGACAUGAACAUCAAGACGAUUGAACGACUACAGCAUGAGUUAGAAGCAGAAAAGAAACGAGCGCAUGACAAGGAAAUGGAAUAUCGUCGCCUUAUUGCCGCUAGUUGUGGAUUACCUAUAGAGCGUAUUGAUGCACUUAUAAAGCCAUUGACAUUGGCUGUUGAAAGUGAUCCCCCAGACUUGGACAUGGCUCGCGUCAUUGCCUUGAUGGAAAAACCCACUGCCUAGUCUUUUGUUUGUAAAUAACCUUUAUUUUGUG